ACUCGCGGAAACCAGAGCCCGCGCGUGCGCCGUGCGCAGGCAGCGCACCGGGGCUUGUGCGCUGAGCGUGCCGGCUGGGAGUCGGCGGGAGUCCCAGUGCUGCUGGGGGCGAGUCUGUAGCGUGAGGCGCCCUUGAGCUGAAGACCAUGAACCGCAGCCGCCAGGUGACGUGCGUGGCCUGGGUCCGCUGCGGCGUGGCCAAAGAGACUCCGGACAAGGUAGAGCUGAGUAAAGAAGAAGUAAAACGUCUCAUUGCUGAAGCAAAGGAAAAAUUACAAGAAGAAGGUGGCAGUGAUGAAGAGGAGACAGGCGAUCCUUCGGAAGAUGGCAUGCAGAGUGCACGUACCCAGGCACGACCAAGGGAACCCCUGGAAGAUGGUGACCCAGAGGACGACAGGACGUUGGAUGACGAUGAACUGGCUGAGUAUGACCUAGAUAAAUACGAUGAGGAAGGUGACCCAGAUACUGAAACUCUUGGUGAGUCUCUUUUGGGUCUUACAGUCUAUGGAAGUAAUGAUCAAGAUCCUUAUGUUACUCUGAAGGAUACGGAACAAUAUGAACGUGAAGAUUUCUUGAUCAAGCCCAGUGACAAUCUCAUAGUCUGUGGCAGAGCUGAACAAGACCAGUGCAACUUAGAGGUGCAUGUUUAUAAUCAGGAAGAAGAUUCUUUUUAUGUGCAUCAUGAUAUACUGCUGUCUGCAUACCCUCUAAGCGUGGAAUGGCUGAAUUUUGAUCCUAGCCCAGAUGAUUCUACAGGAAAUUACAUUGCUGUGGGAAAUAUGACUCCUGUUAUUGAAGUGUGGGACCUUGAUAUAGUGGACUCUUUAGAGCCAGUCUUCACACUUGGAAGUAAACUGUCAAAAAAGAAGAAAAAGAAAGGAAAGAAGAGUUCCUCAGCAGAGGGGCAUACCGAUGCUGUCCUGGACCUUUCUUGGAAUAAGCUGAUCAGAAACGUGUUGGCAAGUGCAUCAGCUGACAACACUGUAAUUCUGUGGGAUAUGUCCUUGGGGAAACCAGCAGCUAGCCUUGCCGUACACACAGACAAGGUCCAGACUCUGCAGUUUCAUCCAUUUGAAGCACAGACUCUGAUUUCUGGAUCCUAUGAUAAGUCAGUGGCUUUGUAUGACUGCCGAAGUCCAGAUGAAAGCCAUCGGAUGUGGCGUUUCAGUGGGCAGAUUGAGAGAGUGACUUGGAAUCACUUUUCACCUUGUCAUUUUUUGGCCAGCACAGAUGACGGCUUUGUGUAUAAUUUGGAUGCACGUUCAGAUAAGCCAGUUUUUACACUCAAUGCACACAAUGAUGAAAUCUCCGGUCUUGAUCUAAGUAGUCAAAUCAAGGGCUGUCUUGUGACAGCAUCAGCAGACAAAUAUGUGAAAAUCUGGGACAUAUUAGGAGACAGGCCAAGUCUGGUUCACUCUAGAGACAUGAAAAUGGGAGUUCUCUUCUGUUCUUCCUGUUGCCCCGAUUUGCCAUUUAUUUAUGCUUUUGGAGGUCAGAAGGAAGGACUGCGGGUCUGGGAUAUAAGCACAGUCUCAUCAGUAAAUGAAGCAUUUGGAAGACGAGAGAGGCUUGUUCUCGGCAAUACAAGAAGUUCAUCUAUUAGUGGCCCUUUUGGGAGCAGGAGCUCAGACACACCAAUGGAGUCUUAAUGAGGAUCAUAAACUUUUUAUUACUUUAACUCCGUUUUUUAAAAAGCUAGCCUAAAAAACAUCCAUGUAUGGCUACAGCCAUGUAGUGACUGAAACAAAUUUCAUCUCCUACUGCCAGACAUUCUCCUGCAGCUAUGGGGGCAGCACAAACAGGGUUGAUCUUUGUGCUUGCCUUUUAAAUGUGGUGUUUAGGGCUCCCACUGCAUUUCUUAAAGAGGGUAAUAAAAACAAAAAAAAUCUUUAAAAAAUAAUUCCUUAAAUAUGCCAUCUGUCAUAGGUAACCUACGUUUGUAAAAUAGUCAUUUAUGGAAUUUUAGAAGAACAGUGAUUUGGCCAAGAUUUCACACUAGCCAUGAACACCCAGGAAUUGUUCUUCCUGAGUUGAUUGUUCUCCAGUUGAUGUUGUUCUCCAGUUAAUGUUCAUGAUUUUAGGAGUGUUCUCUAUGCUACUCGUAAAGUUUAAUCACUAAAUUAAAAGUGGCCUGCCCCCCCCCCCCCCCCAGCAUGGUAUUCAUUGUUAUCAAAGACAGGGGGCACAACAUUAUGAUGGUAUCAGUCCAACAAGAGGCUAGAACAUCCGUAAAUAUCACAACCUAAAUAUAUAAAGCAAAUAUCAACAGACCUAAAGGGAGAAAUAGUAAUACAACAAUAGUAGGGGACUUUGGCCUUAACAGACAUGUACAGAACAUUCCCUCCAGAAGUAACAAACAUUCUUCCCAGGCACACAUAUCACAUGUACCACAAAAAGCUUUAAUAAAAAAUAAUUUCCACACUAGGGCAGAGAAUAAAUUGCAGAAAAUUGAAAUACCAAGUAUCUUUUCUGACACAAUAGUAUGAAACUGGAAAAUUUUCAAAUAUGUGGAAAUUAGAUAACAGGCUACUGAACAGCCAAUAGAUCAAAGAAGAAAUUAAAACAUACCUUGGGACAAAUGGAAAUACAAUAUACCCAAACUUCAGGGAUACAGCAAGAGCAGCUCUAAGAGAAGUUCACAGUAGUAAAUGCCUAUAUCAAAAAAAAAACAAGCUCUCAACCUAAUUUUACAACUCCAGGAACUACAAAAAAAAAAAAAAAAAAAACGAAGCCCAAAGUUAGUAGAAAGGAAGGGAAUAAAGAUCAGGGAGGAAACAUGUGAAACAAAAACAGGAAAAGAUCAAUGAAACCAAGAGCUUGUUUUUUGAAAAGAUUGACAAACCUUUAGCUGGACUAAGGUAAGGAAAAAGGAUGCAAACUCAGACACGAGAAGGAAGUUAACUGAUAUGCCACCAAAAUGCAAAGGGUCAUAAGCAACUUCUGUGAAUAUAGUACAACAAAUCAGACAACCUAGAGGAAAUGGAAAAUUCCUCAAAAUAUACUACAUACCAAGUCUGUAUCAUUAAGAAACAAAAUCUAAAGGGACCAAAUUACUAGUUAGAUCAACUCAGUCAUCAAAAACCUCCCAGUAAACAAAAAUCAAGGACCAGACAGCACCACGCGUGAAUUCCACCAAACAUUUGAAUAAGCAUACUUAAUCUUCUCAAACUCUUCCAGAAAACUGAAGAGGAGGGAAUACUUCAAACUCAUUUGAUAAAACCAGCAUUACCCUGGUACUAGACUAGAAAAGGACAUCACAAGAAAAUUAUAGGCCAAUAUCCUCAUGAACAUAGGUGCAAAAGUCCUCAAAACACUAACAGAAUUCAACAUUAGACGGAUCAGACAUCAUAAUCAAGUGGGAUUUACUCCAGGAAUGCAAGGGUGGUGCAAUACCUACAAAUUAAUCAUACAUCUCAUUACGAAGGAUAAAAACAGGGUCAUCUUAAUAGAUGUAGAAAUGAUAUCUGACAAAAUUGAAUAGCCAUUAUAAAAAUUCAACAAAGCGGGUUAGCAGGAAUAUACCUCAACUAAUAAAGGCCAUAUAUCACAAGUGUGAUAUGUUCAGUGAAAAGCUCAAAGAUUUUCCUCUAAGAUCAGAAACAAGACAAAGAUGUCCACUCUCCCCACUUUUAUUCAACAUAGUAUUGAAAGCCCUUACCAGAGCAAUUAGACUUUGGAAGAAGUAAAACAACCAGGUCAGACCACCAAAAAAACCUGAAACUAAUAAAGUUCAUUAAGGUUCCAGUGUACAAUAAUCAAUACACAGAAUAGAAUAUAGUUGUAUUUCUAUACACUAACAAUGAGCUAGCAGAGAAGUUUCUUCAUCCCAUUUACAUUUGCAUCAAAAAGAACAAAAUAGGAAUUUAACCAAACGGGAAGACCUAUACACCAAAAACUAUAACAACGUCCACACUACCCAAGGUAACCUACAGCAGUACAAUCCCUUUCUAAAUUUCAGUGGCAUUUUUCACAGAAUCCUAAAAUCUGUGUGGAACCACAAAAGACCCCAAAUAGCCCAAGCAAUCUUUUUAAGACUUUAUUUUCAAGUAAUCUCUACACCCUACAUGGGGUUCAAACCCACAACCCCAAGAUCAAGAGUAGCACACUCCACUGACUGAGCCAGCCAGGAGCCACCAACCAAAGCAAUCCUGAGAACAACAAGAGCUGGAGGCAUCAUGCUUUCUGAUUUCAAACUAUAUUACAAAGCUAGAGUAAUCAAAAUAAUAUGGUAUGAGCACAAAAGCAGGUAUACAGAUCAAUGAAACAGAAUAGAAAAAUUAGAAACAGAAAAGAACAUACAAUGGGGAAAAGAGUCUCUUCAAUAAUUGGUGUUGGUUAAACUGGGUAUUUACAUGCAAAAAAAGAAAAAGAAACUGGGCCACUAUCUUCUACCACAUAUAAAAACCAACUCAGUGGAUUGAGACUUGACCAUAAGACCUAAAGCUAUAAAACUAGAACAUAGGUGGUAAUCUUGGCAUUGGUCUUGGCAAUGAUUUUCUAGAUCUGACACCAAAAACAAAGGCAACAACAAUAAAAUAAAUAGGAUAACAUCAAAUUCAGCUUCUGCACAGUAAAGGAAACCAACAAAAUGAAAACACAACCUACACAAUGGGGAAAAAAAUACUUGCAAAUCAUCUGGUAAGGCAUUAAUGUCCAAAAUAUAUAAAGAAUUCACACAACUUAAUAGCAAGAAAACUUUAAAAAUGGGUAGAGGGGCGCCUGGGUGGCUCUGUCAGUUGAGCGUCCGACUUCAGCUCAGGUCAUGAUCUCGCGGUUCGUGAGUUCGAGCCCCGCAUCAGGCUCUGUGCUGACAGCUUGGAGCCUGGAACCUGUUUUGGAUUCUGUGUCUCCCUCUCUCUCUCUGACCCUUCCCCACUCCUGCUCUCUGUCUCUCAGAAAUAAAUAAAUGUUAAAAAGAACUUUUUUAAAAAUGGGUAGAGCACUUGAACACUUUUCAAAAAGAUAUACAGGUGGCCACAAGUACAUGAAAAGGUACUCACCAUCACUAAUCAAGGAAAUGUAAAUCAAAACCACAGUGAGACAGUAUCUUACAUUCAUUAGAAUGGCUGUUGUCAAAAAGAAAUAAGGGUUACAAGAGUGGAGAAAAGGGAAUCUUUCUUUGUGCACUGUAGAUGAGAAUGUAAUUUGGUGCAGCCACUAUAGAAAACAGUACAUUAGAGGAUCCUCAAAAAAUAAAAAAUAGGACUACCACAUGAUCCAGCAGUUUUGCUUCUGAGUAUUUAUGCAAAGGAAACAAAAACACUAAAUCAAGAGGAUAUCUACACUACCAUGUUCAUAACAGCUUUAUAACAUACACACACACUGGAAUAUUCUUCAGCCAUAAAAAAAAAAAAAAAAAAAGAAAAUCUUGACAUUUGCAACAACAUGGAUGGACCUUGAGGGCAUAAAUUAUGCUAAGUGAAGUAAGUCAGAGAAAGACAAUACCAUAUGAUUUCCCUUGUAUGUGGUAUCUAAUUUUUCUUUUAAACCUGAGCUCAGAUACAGAGACCAGAUUGGUGGUUGUUACAGGUGGGGGUUGGGUGAAAUGAGUGAAGGCGGUCAAAAGGUACAAACUUCCAGUUAUAAAGUAUGGAGAUGUAAUGUGCAGCAUGGUAACUAUAGUUAAUAAUACUGUAUUGUAUAUUUGAAAGUUGUUAAGAGUAGAUUGUGAAAGUUCUCAUCACAAGAACAUUUGUAAGUAUGUAUGUGAAUUGAUAUUCGCUAGAAUUGUGAACAUUGCACACAAUAUGUACAAAAAUCUAAUCUUAAUGUCCUAUAACUGAAACCAGUAUAAUGUUAUAUGUCAAUUAUAUCUCAGUUUUAAACAGUGAAUGUGAAACAAAGUAAAGAUUGCUCUCUGAAGCAAAAGACAGUA